AUGGAGGCUUCUGGGGUUCUAUUUUUCUCGAUCCCGUUACCGUCAGUAAAAAACGAGCCCAUCACUGCUUCCCUCUCUCUCUCCUCUCUCUCUCUCUUCUCUUUCUCUCUCUCUCUCUCACACAUACACACUCUCGCACACAUCUCUAGCGCUUUCCUCUUUCUUCUACCCCGCCCCUCUCUCUCUCUAAAUUUCCCUUAGUUUGUGAUUCAGUAGAUAUGGAGGCCGGAGGCGGAGGAAUUUCAACGGCGGCGACGUCGCCGCCGCCGUUUCUGAGUAAGACUUACGACAUGGUGGAUGAUCCGGCGACGGAUGCGGUGGUGUCGUGGAGCAAGAACAACAACAGCUUCGUUGUCUGGAACGUGCCGGAGUUCGCUAGAGACCUUUUGCCUAAGUAUUUCAAGCACAAUAAUUUCUCCAGCUUCGUUCGCCAGUUGAAUACUUAUGGCUUCAGGAAAGUUGAUCCCGAUCGUUGGGAGUUCGCUAAUGAGGGUUUUCUUAGAGGUCGUAAACAUUUACUCAAGACCAUAAACAGGCGUAAAACAUCCCAUGCACAAGGCCAACAGCAAAACGUUCAAGUUCAGAAUCCCUCUGUCCCGUCCUGCAUUGAGGUUGGUAAAUUUGGGAUAGAGGAAGAGGUUGAAAGGUUGAAAAGAGAUAAGAAUCUUCUCAUGCAGGAACUUGUUAGGUUGAGGCAACAGCAACAAUCGACCGACAGUCAGUUGCAGACUGUUGGUCAACGUGUUCAUGUAAUGGAGCAGCGACAAACACAAAUGAUGUCCUUCCUUGCAAAAGCUAUGCAAAGCCCUGGUUUUGUAUCACAGUUGGUACAUCAACAGAAUGACAGUGGUAGACAUAUUUCUGGUGCUAACAAGAAAAGGAGACUGCCAAAUCAGGAUGAAGAAAGUUUAGCUCGCAAGUUGAGUAUUACCUCGCCUGAUGGACAGAUUGUCAAAUAUCAGCCUUUGAUGAAUGAAGCUGCAAAGGCAAUGCUAAGACAAAUCAUGAAAAUGAAUACUUCAAAUAGGCCCGAGUCUAAACUGAGCAAUCCUAAUGGUUUCUUGAUCGAUAGUGCACAUCCUCCCUCUGAUUUAAUAGAUAGUAGUAGUUCUUCCAGUAGAAUAUCGGGAGUGACUCUUUCAGAGGUUUUACCCAAUACGUCCACCCUAUCUGAGGUCCAGUCUUCCUCUUGUCUGACACAUGCUAGUGCUCACAAUCCUCUCUUUCCGGAGGCAAGCACAGGGUUACCUGAUUUCAUUCAGGCACAAGGAAUCAGUCCAGGAAAUAGUAUCGACCCUCCUAAUGGGCCGUUUAAGGGGUCAGAGCCUACAAGUUUUAGUUCUGUGGAUGCACUUCCGGGGUUCGUUGAUGCCCCUAUACCUCCUCCGUCAGAUGAACCUUUGGAAGAUUAUGACGUUGACAUCCUGCUCGAUGAUAUUCAUAAGCUGGCAGGUAUGGAUGAUGAUAUUCAUAAACUGUCAAGUAUGAGUGAUGAUAUUCAUAAGAUGCCAGGUAUAAGUGAUGAUAUUCAUAAGCUGCCGGGUAUAAACGAUGUAUUCUGGGAACAAUUCCUUCCUGAGAGUCCCCUUAUUGAGAAAACAGACGAGAUAAGUACUGUCGAUCUGGGACAUGAAAUGAGCACAGAUCAGUUGAUCGAACUAGAGAGCGAAUGGGAUAGACUAAAGAGUUUGAAUAAUCUUACUGAACAGAUGGGCCUUCUUGCAUCAUCUGCCAAGAUUGGUUGACUCUCUGUUGAGAAAGCAUCUGUUCACAGAAGGUGGGUGUAGCAUCAGGCUUGGAUACAAAAUACUCUACCAAAUAGUGUGGACGAUAUGUUGCAGUUUGAAGCUUCUCUGCUGCACUCGUCUGAUAUACUGUUUUUGAACUAGACAGAAUAUGUGUUUUGACGCAAAAUGUGUGAACUGCUGCUGUAUCAAGCCUGCAGCAUCAUUUUGAGUCUCGAAACAAUGUUUUAGAAACUUCAUUAUGCUUUUGUCUGCAUGUUAAUAAUGUGUGUAUUUGCAA